AUGGACAAUCGCUUCCAGGUCGAAUACACUUGCAGAGAAGUGAUGGCCUUUCCGGUGGCUAUUUACCCGGUGAUAGAGGACUUCAUCGUUUUCAUAAAUGCUAGCCCUGUUGACGUUUCGUCUGCUUCCUACGAAAAUGAAAUCAAGACUGAACAUCGCCUUGGACCUUAUCAUUUCUUUGAGGGCCCGCGAGAAGAUGCGCUUUCUUCUUUUCACGACCUAGACAGUAACGACAAUCACCUUCCGGCGCAAAGCCUCGAUCUGAGGGAAGAAUUUGGAAUUAUUGUCAUUAUGCCUUCUGACUUCGUCAGGCCAGGUUUAAAUACAACGCCCUAUGAUGCCUACAAUUUAGACGAAGAGGAAGACAGUAUUUUUACGAACUUCGCGUUGAACGGAAAUGUCUUGAACGGAUUGGCUAGUAACGCAUUUGCGAUUGAACUGCUGGACCCCGAAAAGUUUACGGCCAAUAUUAGUGAUGGGUUACAAUUCCUUGAGGAAAUCUACGGGCGGCUGUACGGCUCAAACGAAGAGGAGCAGGUUUUGUGA